AUGGAUUUGAGGCGUUACGAGCUUCAAUGGUCAUUUACAGGCCAUACUCAACCCAUCAAUGUGCUGAAGUUCUCCGAAGAUGGAACGGAGCUUGCCAGUGGAGCAGAUGACGGCCAUAUUCGAAUAUGGUCCCUGACAGCUGGCAAGCUUAAGCAAAUUAUCAAACCAAAACAAGGUCCAAUCUCGUGUUUACUCUGGUUUUCAUUUCCUCAGGCCCCUCGUGACUCGUACAUAAUGUCUGGGGGUGCAGAUGGAACCAUUAAGAUGUGGCAGAAGUUUGAAUCCGCUGACUCUGUUGAGUUCGUUUUUUCCACCAUGAUAACUGUGUACGAUGGUUGCAUUGAAAGCAUGUCAAUGAAUAACGCACAAAGUCUACUUGCUGUGGUAGGUCUGGGGCGCCUUACACUGUAUGCUAUGGACAUAAAUCAGAUUGUACCACUCCGGGAGAUUCUUUCAGAACCCCCACAAGCAGAGGCACCUCGACCAGCACUGGCGAGAUGUGUUCAUUUUUUUGACGAAGACCGCGCGAUCAUGGUUGCCUUUCUUGACUCCAAAGAAAUUAUAGCGUGGACAAUUGCUCCAUGGAAGAAGUGCUGGUAUGUUAAAUUGCAUUCGCGAAUCGGUAAUACUUCGUGGUGGCCUGCCACUAGAUCUCUUCUAGUCUCGAAUCUCGUCGACGGUGUCGACAUAUAUCGUAUAACCGACCGACCAACCUUUAUUCGCAAGUUACCUGUACGCAUCACACGUAAUUAUACCAAGCAAGUUCAUUUUGGAUGGAACGGGGCCUUGGCUGUAUGUGGUAGCGAUAGGGGAGAAGUCUACCUGUGGGAAGUAGAGUCUGGAACUCCACAUCAAGUUCUCGUCCAUGGGGGAGAAACCGAGUUAAUUCAAGCUGUCUCUUGCUGCUCGCCUUCGAAAAAGAAACAUAUGCUAGCAAGCGGUUCAACGGAUGCUGGCAACUGUCGUCCCUCCAUCAAAGUCUGGGUAGCCUCUACUACCAGUAGUCAUAUUACACCUAAGGAUAUAAAGGUGAUAGAUAACUCGACUACAUCGACGAGAAGAGUCCCUACCACUACCAUGAAUGUAUGGAUACGCUAUCAUAUUUUCUGCCGAUUAUGCAUCGAAAAACAUGUCGAACUAGACGAUGCAUGUCCAAACUGUGGUCACAAGCCGCUGAGCAAGAAUUCCUUGAAAGUUAUAUAUGUUACAGGGAACGAGGACACUAUUGACACAAAAAUGAUGGAAAUCGCCAUGCAAGCCAGUAUUGGAUCCAAGUCCUCGCAGGGCGGAACUUCCCUGGAGGAUCUCAAAGCGAGGCGUGCUACGCUUGAAACAGAACGAAUGGGAAAUACUCGUAUCAUUGACAACCUACAAAGUCAGCUCGAAGCCUCUCGUGUGCUGGAACAAGAAGCUCACACGCAACAAACAAAUCUGGACAGGACAUUACAAGAACUUCGCGUCAAGCAUUCGCAGCUGCAGGAGGCUUUGGAAGGUACUAAAAACCAGGUAUAUUUCAAUCAAUAUCCUACUUCAACGAUCGUCUUCAGUUUUAUUCUGUAG